CUUUCAUUAGAGAGAUAUGUUUCCGUUAAAGGUUUUGGAUAUUGCUUUAACAGAAUGUACACAACAUAAGGUCUAAACCUGAUAUUAUUAUCCUUUUAGUUUUUUUUUUACUUCUUGCCAUGUUCUUUUCUCCAAGUUUCGGGCUUUGGAAGUAAGAGACCGGAAAUUGCAUUGAUAUCGACCAGGAUAACGCUAAAGUCCGGAUCCUCUCUAAGCCUAGCGUUUCUUUUACCGGGGUGCUGGAGAGUGGGUGACGUGCGAUCAUCACCAGGAAAAAGAUAGCAGGAACGAUACAAUGCACGGAAAUUAGAGGACCAUUCGGGAAGAUUUUGGCUGUUUCGCACAUUUCACCGAGGCGGGAGGACGUUUUGGAUAGUCAAGAGCAUGUUUUUUAGCCAUAUACCUAACGUUACAGCAUCAACUAUGACUAGCUGAUCCAACGCUACGUUAGCAGCGAGCUAACCUAGUGAGCUAACCCUGCUCGUUUGGUAGUGUUCUCCUUGUCAAGUAGAUCUCACCAGGACAAGCUGAGCUGAACUCAAAUGUAGAGCUUCAUUGCUGGGCGUAAGCUAUAUAUAUAUAUAUUUAUAUAUAUAUUCGUCGAGUGGUGGUAGUGGCGGUGGGCUACAUUGUGUGUUUAUAUUUAGCUAUAGCAGAUGGGCAGUGUGACAGGCGUAUGCUCUUUGCUUUGGGGCGGCUAGGCUUUUCUUCUGGACAGCAAACAGCAGACUUGUACUAAUGUGGAAGUCCUGGAAGAGCUAAACGUGUCUCUGGUUCCGAGGUUUUUAGAUUGUGGCUAUCUGUGUGGUUAUUUUGAGAUGCUUUGAUAACGUCCACUGGUGAUGUUAAACUGACAAUUAGCUGAAGCGUUUGGAGUUAUUCCCAUAAGCAAAACACGACUAGCAUUGGAUUAACGUGACUGGCGACGGUUGUUUAGUGCGGGUUAUAACGUUAGCUCCUCCGGUAUACUCUAACUAAUUUAACCUAUUGACAGUUAUUUUAUAGAAACAUCAGAAUCAUCUGUCUGCAAGGGUGUUGAUUGAUAGCUCAUUGUUUGCGGACGUGCAGAGAUCCCAUUUCUGACACUCACUUUAGCCCUACGUACAGUGACUUGAAACUUGGAAGAAACUGUCAAUAUUUGACAGCUGCACGGCCCACUAGUAACAAGGCCACACUUUGCUAUAUUAAAGCAGGACGUUUGCUGCAGGGCUUGUUAGGAACAUAUAUCGACAAGGAUUCACUUACAAACGUUAGCUCCAUUGCCCUGGCUGUCCAAUCUAUAGUUUUUCUUGAGGUUGUAGUUUGUUGACUACAGCUCGGCGACUCCAUGUAAAACGGGAUUUUCAUUAUUGAUGCGGUGAUGACUUUAGAAUCCACGAUGGCUUGUUGCCUGAGUGAAGAGGCGAAGGAGUCCAAGCGAAUUAACCAGGAGAUCGACAAGCAGCUCCGACGAGACAAGAGAGAUGCGAGGAGGGAGCUGAAACUUCUAUUGCUGGGUACCGGCGAGAGCGGCAAGAGCACCUUCAUCAAACAGAUGAGGAUCAUCCAUGGGACGGGCUACACAGACGAGGACAAGAGGGGCUUCACCAAGCUGGUGUACCAGAACAUCUUCACCUCCAUGCAGGCCAUGAUCCGGGCCACGGAGAACCUCAAGAUCCAGUUCACGUACGAGCAGAACAAGAGUAACGCCCUGGUGGUGCGCGAGGUGGACGUGGAGAAGGUGUCGUCGUUUGAGCAGCCCUACAUCAGCGCCAUCAAGAUGCUCUGGACGGACCAGGGCAUCCAGGAAGCCUACGACCGCAGGAGGGAAUACCAGCUCUCUGACUCCACCAAAUACUACCUUAGUGACUUAGACCGAAUAGCCACACCCGGUUACGUGCCCACCCAGCAGGAUGUGCUCCGGGUUCGAGUCCCCACCACCGGGAUCAUUGAGUACCCGUUUGACCUGGAGAAUAUUAUCUUCAGGAUGGUGGACGUGGGGGGUCAGAGGUCAGAGAGGAGGAAGUGGAUCCACUGCUUUGAGAACGUCACCUCCAUCAUGUUCCUGGUGGCGCUCAGCGAAUACGACCAGGUCUUGGUGGAGUCUGACAAUGAGAACCGCAUGGAGGAGAGCAAAGCUCUCUUCCGGACCAUCAUCACAUAUCCCUGGUUCCAGAACUCCUCUGUCAUCCUCUUCCUCAACAAGAAAGACCUGCUGGAGGAGAAAAUCAUGCACUCUCACCUCGUAGACUACUUCCCCGAGUUUGAUGGGCCCCAGCGGGACGGCCAGGCAGGACGGGAGUUCAUCCUGAAGAUGUUUGUGGACCUGAACCCGGACAGCGACAAGAUCAUCUACUCCCACUUCACCUGCGCCACCGACACAGAGAACAUCCGCUUUGUGUUCGCCGCCGUCAAGGACACCAUCCUGCAGCUGAACCUCAAAGAGUACAACCUGGUGUGAGGGAGGGUGGGAGAGGUAGAGAGAGAGAGAGAGAGAGAGAGAGAGGAGGAGGGAGAGAGAGGGAGAGAGAGAGCAGAGUGGCCGGAUUAAGAAAGCGAGAUGGAGAGGAAAAAGAGAGGGUAAAUGGAUGGAGAAGGAGAGCGCCCACUCUUCAUGCACUUGUAUAAACGUCCUCAUGCACACUCGAGCAUGGACACACACACACACACACACACACACACACACACACACACACAGACACAGACACAGACACACACACACACACACACACACACACACACACACACACACACAGGGCCUUAAUGUUGGGGUCACGGACUCUGUUCAUCCACACUCUUACAUACAUGUUGUACCACCUUGAUUCUUGGUUGUUUUGAUUAUUUUUCGUUUGACCGUUAAUAAUGAAGUGACCCCCCCCCCCCCCAUACUACAAAACAUUCAAGUACAUUCACAGCCGGUUCUUUCCUCCCUCUCUUCCCAUCGUACGGGCUGUGUUUGGUGUGCCACUCAUGGGUCAGUAGUAGGCUAAGACACCUACUGCUUUGUCUCCUCUGGUUAAAACACACACAAGGCUCUCUCUCUGGCAUUGGUACUGGUGGCGGUGAAGAUCCUUUAUAUUUCUGGUUGUAGGAGUUUAGGUUGUUGCUGGGAUAACCUUCAAAUUGAUGUAGAUAAAAUUAUGAUUUCUUCUUUUUUUACACUAAUUCUGCAAAUUCUGAUGACGUAUCCAGACUGUAUCCAGAUUAUUCCUGAAUUGAUUCGGUUCUGAAUCAUGGCAGAGGAGCUCAGUGAUUUCCUUUUUCAAAGCCCAAAACUAAUUAAAUUCCCAGCUCUGUCUUUAACAAUGUAGGUUUACUAAUUGCAUAACAUAAUUUUUGCUCGCCAUGGUUGCUGUUUUUUCUUUUCUUAGAUUUCUUUGAAUUCAUAAUUGUAUUAUUACUGUGAUUGAUUCUGUUCCUUAGUGGGUGAGAGAAAAGCCCUUCCUAUACACUAUGUGUGUGUCCAGACAAGAAACCGUGCAAUAGUUUGAUUGUAACGUAAAGAAAACAAGGAGAGGAGUGGUGGGUUGAAUCACAUGUUUGACAAGAUUUACUCCCUCUACAAUUGAGUUUAUUUGGCCAACCUUCUGAUGAGCUUUGUACACAGCAAGAGUCAAUAAUUCUGUAUUUUUAAAGUUGCAGACCAGAUCUCCGAUCCCCGUUGAUAAAGAGAUGAUCUAGUUCUCCCUGCUUUCCGCUCCACGUAUUUCCAGUUUGAGAUGGGGGAGGAUUUUUUGUAACGCUGUAAAAGAAAUCUACAAUUUUAUGGACAAGUGCUCUAUCUUUCUAAGUAUACUUUGUAUAUAAAGUGGUUGCAAAUUUGUGCUGAAACGCUUGACAAAGGUAAAACCGUUUUUUUAUUUCAUCUUGGCGCUUUACGCUAACGGUGAAAUGAAAGCAAACAAAAAAAAAAACUGUUGUCCAAUAUUUGCUGUUCUAUGAUGCUUACAUUUUUUUUUGUAAUUUGUGAUUAUAUCUCUGUUUAUAAUCCCAUAUCUUGUCUUAUACCAGAUUAAUUAAGAUGACAAUUAUGUCACUAGGUGGCUGUUUUUGUCUUAUAUAAUUCAGGUGAGUUCAUAACGUUUUCAUCACAAGGGCUACUACUAGUAAGGCGAGAGGAUGGAUGUUGUGCAAUGACUAAUCGGCAACGAAUCAGGGAGUUGGAUUUGGUGGAAGGCUCUCGAGGCCCCUUCUGACGGGCAUCUCCUAUUGGUAAAUACGGGAAGGAAUGUUCCAGUGUUAACGUUGAUGGCCACCCUUCGACCAAACCAAGGGAAUAGUGGCUGUCACGGUUCUACGGUCUAGGCAGCCUGUUUGGAUCAGUCUGAGAAAGUCGGGAUUGAAUUGAGGAUACUAUCUCGCCAGCUUGGCUAGCGUCCCACAUUAUCACUUUAUGCCAGACUUUUUUGCUUCAUACAUGAGUUCUUAAAUGCAGAUCGAUGUGGUUCUUAUUAUGUCGUCGAAUACCCGUUGGGAUGGCGGGUUUGAUCUCUUGCUUUUUGGCAUGUUUGAGUUUCCCUUCUUGUGUUGGCAGUGUUGGGCAGAUCAGUGGAAGUGGUACUUAAGUACUUUUGGUGUACAUUAUCAUUUGCAGGCUCAGUUAAAGUAUCCAUUUAGAUAGCCUUUGGUUGCUGACCAGCACCAUAUAUUGUGCAUAUCCCACUUGAGUGUUGCCAAAGGAUAGCAAGGCAGAUUUGCAUGUGUUUUUUUUAUCUAGAAGUGACAUCUUAAGAUUUACGGCAAUGUGUUUUUUACAGAGUACUUUGAGUUGGCAGAAAGGUGAUUAUUUGCCUACCGGUGGAGUGCAAUAGUGCAAGUAUUCUAACACAUUUCGUGCCGUGUAUACAAUUCAAAGGCUAGACUUUUAGCUAUAUGGAUAGGUCCUGCUCCCUCACUAACCCUAACCCUCCAAAGUAAAUACAGAAUAUUUUAAGUAUUUGUGCAAUCUUUAUCCUUUUUGAUGGAGGGAGGUAUUAUUUCCUUCUUCAAUGAAGUGCCACAAUAUUCUUAAGAAAAGAAAAUAGCAAUUGCUUCUUUUUUUUUUUAUGUAAAGAGUUUACAUUUGCAGUUGUGGGGCUUUUGUAUGGCAGCUUGUAUUAGUAAAAGGAUUCAACUCUGGUGCUUGACACAGUACCCGAGUUUUCUCAGCCAGUCUCUUCCCCAUCCUGCAGAUGUGUCCUAUGCCAUGAAACAAAGUGAUUACGAGGAAGAGGAGGAGCACAACCUAAAACAAGCAGACAUUCUGCUACAAAAAUAGCCGAGCUCUGGUGGCAUUUAUUAUUUAAUAUAAGAAAAGACUAUUAAUAAACUUUGGUUGUGUUUGAAAACAUGCUGUCAGUGGUACAUUGACCCAUCUAAAUGCUAGAAUAAAUUAUUCCUCCGCAAGUCACAUUCAUUUUUACUGCAGUUUAAUGACAACGGCAGCUUUCUUUUGUUAUGGGUCCCAGCAGGUCAGCCAUUGUUCAUUUGAAUCAAGAAACACUUCAUUCCCCUCUUUUUAAUCCAGUCUAAAGCAGAAUAAAUGACCAUUUUGUUUAACCAAGAAAGGUAAUAAGGAUUCUGUUUUCCCAUGCUAAAUAAGCAAUUUAUUUCUCUUGGAUUAUGUUGUGAUAUCUUCAUUACACAAAUUAUUUUAUUUGUCUUGGAUGCCAUUCAGGUUGACGACUGCUAUUGAACAGACACUAUUCGUACCAGGAACUAUGUUGGAUUAAGGAGUGUGUAGCGAUUGGCUUUAUAGUGGUUUAAACACAGUGAUUGCAAUGUCAAAUCACUGUGUGCCUAAGCAUCAAUGAAUCUGUUUUGUUUUUCUUUCCACUUGAUUGACUGUAAAGCGUAUGUGUGGACUUUGAUCCUAUUUCCUUUCACUAUGCCAAGAGGGUUCAGGAGAAAGGCUCUCUCAACACUACAUCAACAACCCAUAUACCAGAGGUUGUGUGAUGAAUACACUAUGAUGUAAUGAUGUUCAUGGUCACCUUUUUGUAAAAAAAAAAAUAUAUAUAAUGAUUUCACUUUUGAUUACAUACUUGUUUUUGGAGUUUUGAAAUUGCUUGAGCUUUGUACUUGAAGGACAGACCAAUUCAUUCAAUUGUGCCACAUAAAGCCAACCAAUCCUAGAUAAGAUAUUACUAAGUCAAUAAAUUGAACCAGGUGCCUGUAAUUACUAUGGUCUUGCAGUUUGCAUUAAUACACCUUUGGAAUGGGGGGAAGGCAGUUUUCUGAGUUACGCUUGGUAUUAUGCUUUGGUCCAAUUUAUUGAACACAUAAGCCUAUUGAAGGUACUACUAUGUGGCUGUUUUACGUCGGGUGGGUGGGUGCUGAGGUGAGUGAAUGAGUUGGAGUGACUUCUGGCCAUGUGACCUGUUUGCCACCCUUUUUUACUCUUCCUUGAUUGGACUGUGUAGUUCUCUCCUAUUUUGGGUCGAUGCACUGAAAACUCAACGCUGCAAGGGGCCUGCCGGCAUUCAUGCAACCUACAUGUUCAUUCAGCACAUUGGUCGACCCUAAAGGCGUGUGACUGCGCACAUGCAAGUGUGUUUGUACACUUGUAAUGGAUACUGCAUAUGCUUGUUGUUCAUUCUGAAAAGAGGAGUGGACACUUAUAUUAAAAGCUAACCUUGCAUUGUUUGUUUUCCUGUUUUUGUAAGGCUGAAAAAUUAGCUCAACACUUGUCUUAGGACCACUUAAUAUAUAUAUAUUUUUAAAGGUAAGAGGCUAAAAUAAAAAUUUGUGUAGUGGUGUAUAAAUUGAAAGUAAUGUAUUUUUUUUGUUUUGCUUUGAUUUUCUUUUUCUAGUAUAACCAAAUGUAAAUUAUGUAUAAUGAGUGUGCCGAUUCCCUUCUUUGUGGAGCCAGACUCUUACCAAGUGCCAAUGUUGUGAAAAGAAUCGGUGGAUCUACGAAAUCCAUGGUCCAUUUUUUUUUAACAAAUAAACACUAAGUAUAUAAUGAAAUAUUGAAAGUGGGACGAUUUAUUCUAUAUUCAAACAGCAUGACAAAUGCUGUUUUCAAAGGAGAAAAAAUAUUUAACCGCAUGUGUUUGCCACUUCAAGGGUGAGGGAGAUGUAGGGUGGUUCCCUGAUAAUUAAUUUUCAGUAUUUUUGUUUCCAUAUUUCUCUUUUGUAUCUUUCAUUUCAACCACUGUUGCCUAAAUCUCAUUUGAACAUGAAAUGAAUUUCAUAUAGCCUUCUCCUUAAAAAAAAAUCUGUAGUAAAUUGAAAUAAAACCUGUUCCUAUACUGUA